AUGGUGGAGAGACGGCCGAUGGGCACGUCGUCUGAGUCUGGACGAGCACGCCGGCUCUCUUUGCUCUUUUUUUUUCCCCUGCGUCUUCAGACGGGUGCGGUGUCCGGCGGUGCCCAGAUGAGUGGCGCCUCUUCCAGUGUUAGCAAACAAGGAUCGGCGUUAUUGAACGCAAGUCCGGUUUCCGAGUGCGGGUUGAGUUCCUGCUGUAAUGCGUCCGGAUUCUCUGUUCCUGACCCAGAAGAACCUCAGUUAAUCAGAGCGGGUCCUAUGAAACCAGACCAAACGCCAAAAUACAAACUCGACCUGAUGUGUACAGGAAGUCUGCCUCGGUACGGCUCAGCGUCAGCGUACUCUCAGUCUACAGCUUCACCGCUGAUGACCAGAGGUGUGUUUGAUCAGGCAGGCACUGACGUCAUCUCAUGUCCUCUAGUAGCUGUGUAUCAUUGUGAGUUCCAGGACAUGCCCUGGAAGGGGCGCUCUCUGGGCCGUUGUGCUGUGGUGGGCAGUGGUGGAUCUACUCAACAGUGGCUGUGGAAGAGAAUCGACAGUGAGCAGAUUUUUGUCAUCAGUGUUCAAAAGGAAAAAUCAAAAGUCUCCAGCAGGCAUAAUUUGGAUUCCAUAUUUAAGGAUUUGGAGCACAAAAUAAUCUCUCUGGUGAAGAAAGAGCUGAAGAGGUUCAAGAAGCUGCUGAGUGCAGAUUACCCAGCAUGCUCUGAGAGAGAGGUGGAGGAUGAGGAGGAUCAGAGCAGUUCCAGAGAGGGGGUGCUGAAGAUCACACUGAACAUGCUGAGGAACAUGGAGCAGAUAGACCUCGCUAACACACUACAGAGCAAGCUGAUCCCUGCACAUCAGAAAAAAAUACAAAUGAACCUGAUGGAGAAAUAUAUGAGAAUUAAUGAAGGCAUCUCACAUCAUGGAGGAUCAACCCUUCUGAAUGAGAUCUACACAGAGCUCUACAUCACAGAGGGAGGGAGUGGAGAGGUCAAUGAUGAACAUGAGGUCAGACAGAUUGAGGCAGCAUCCAGGAGACCAGCAACACAGGAGAAACCCAUCAAAUGCAAUGACCUCUUUAAAGACAGACCCAUCAGAACUGUGCUGACUAAAGGAGUUGCUGGAAUUGGAAAAACAGUCUCUGUGCAGAAGUUCAUUCUGGACUGGGCUGAAGGAAAAGCAAACCAGGACAUCCACUUCAUAUUUCCACUUCCUUUUAGGGAGCUGAACUUGAUGAAGGAGAAAAACUUCAGUCUGAUUAAACUUCUGAAUUGCUUUUUCCCAGACAGAAAAUCAUUACAAUCAAUAGACUUUGUUUCUUACAAAGUCAUGUUUAUAUUUGAUGGUUUGGAAGAGUGUCGACUUCCUCUAGAUUUCCAGAACAAUGAGAGCUUUUGGGAUGUAACACAUUCAGCCUCAGUGGAUGUGCUGCUGACAAACCUCAUCAAGGGGAAUCUGCUUCCCUCUGCUCUCCUCUGGAUAACCUCUCGACCAGUAGCAGCCAACCAGAUCCCUCCUGAGUGUGUUGACCUGGUAACAGAGAUACGAGGGUUCAGUGACCCUCAGAAAGAGGAGUACUUCAGGAGGAGAAUCAGUGACCAGAGCCUGGCCAAUAAAAUCACCUCCCACAUGAAGUCCUCAAGAAGCCUCUACAUCAUGUGCCACAUCCCAGUCUUCUGCUGGAUUGCAGCCACUGUUCUAGAGAGAGUGUUGGGUGGAGCAGAGAGUGGAGAGAUCCCCAAGACUCUGACUCAAAUGUUCUCACACUUCCUGAUCUUUCAGAUCAAACUCAAGGACCAAAAGUACCAUGGAAAAUGUGACUCUGAUCCUCAGCAGACUAGAGAGAUGAUUCUGGCACUGGGAAAACUGGCUUUUCAACAGCUGGAGAAAGGUAAUCUGAUCUUCUAUGAGGAAGACCUGAGAGAGUGUGGCAUUGAUGUCAGAGAAGUGUCAGUGUACUCAGGAGUUUGUACCCAGAUCUUCAGAGAGGAGUUUGGGCUGCACCUGGGGAAGGUGUUCUGCUUUGUGCAUCUGAGCAUUCAAGAGUUUCUGGCUGCUUUAUAUGCAUUUCUCUCCUUUAUCAGCAGAGAUGGAACAAAUCAGCUGACCACUGAUCUCUCUGAUAUUUUUAGAAAGCCCAAAAUGUCAGACUUCCUCAGGUCUGCAGUGGACAAAGCCUUACAGAGUGAGAAUGGACACCUGGAUCUUUUCCUCCGCUUCCUUCUGGGCCUCUCACUGGAGUCCAAUCAGACUCUCUUACGAGGUCUACUGACACUGACAGGAAGCAGCUCUCACAGCACAGAGGAAACAGCCCAGUACAUCAAGGAGAAGAUCGGGGAGAAUCCCUCUCCAGAGAAAUCCAUCAAUCUGUUCCACUGUCUGAAUGAACUGAAUAGUAAUUUUCUAGUGCAGGAACUCCAGAAAUACCUGAACAGAAGAGAUUAUUUUAGUCUCCGAGGACUCUCUCUCUCUCCUGCCCAGUGGUCGGCUCUGGUGUUUGUGUUGCUGAACUCAGAAAAAGAGCUUGAUGUGUUUGACCUACGUAAAUAUGGCAGAUCAGAGGAAUAUCUUCUGCGGUUGCUGUCAGUGGUCAAAGCAUCAAGAAAAGCUGUUCUUUUUGACUGUAGCCUCACAGAGAAAAGCUGUGCAGCUCUGUCCUCAGUUCUCAGUGCAAACUCCUCAUGUCUGAGAGAACUGGACCUGAGUAACAACAAACUGCAGGAUUCAGGAGUGGAGCUGAUCUUAGCUGGGCUGGAGAAUCCACACUGUAAACUGGAAAUACUGGAACUGUGUAGGUGUAAUCUCACAGAGAAAAGCUGUGCAGCUCUUUCCUCAGCUCUCAGCUCAAACUCAAGUCUGAGAAAACUGGACCUGAGUAACAACAAACUGCAGGAUUCAGGAGUGGAGCUUCUCUCUGCUGGACUGAAGAAUCCACACUGUAAACUGGAGAUACUGAAAUUGGAAUGCUGCAGAAUUUCAAAGAAGGGAUAUGCUGCUCUGGCUUCAGCGCUUAAAUCAAACCCCUCUCACCUGAGAGAGCUGAACUUAAACUCUAAUAAACCAGGACAGUCAGGAAUGAGUGUUCUCGUUAGUCUACUGGAGGAUCCACGUUGUAAAUUAGAAAAACUAAACAUGUGUAACUGUAAUCUCACAGAGAAAAGAUGUGCAGCUCUGUUAUCAGUUCUCAGCUUCUCAGGUUUGAGAGAACUGAACCUGAGUAACAAUAAACUGCUGCAGGAUUCAGGGGUGAAGCUGCUUUCAGCUGGACUGCAGAAUCCACACUGUAAACUGGAGACACUGAAGCUACGUGGUUGUAAUAUCACAGAGAACAGUUGUGCAGCUCUGUCAUCAGCUCUCAGCUCUUCAAAUCUAAGAGAACUCGACCUGAAUAACAAUGAACUGCUGGAUUCAGGAGUGAAGCUGCUGUGUGCUGGACUGAAGAAUCCACACUGUAAACUGGAAAUACUGGGGCUGUGUAAAUGUAAAAUUACAGUUGAGGGCUGUACUGCUCUGGCUUCAGCUCUAAAAUCAAACCCCUCCUCCCACCUGAGAAAAUUUAAUCUAAACUGUAAUAAUCCAGGAGAGUCAGGAGUGAAGCUGCUCUCUGACCUACUGAAGGAUCCACACUGUAAACUGGAUGAAUUAGACAUCUGAACACCAUCCAGCUGAUCUGCUCUCACACACAGAGGGUUGGAAAGGAUGAAGUCUUAGUACAAACACACAGUAUACAGUUCGACAUGGGUGUCUGAUUUUGCAUCAAAGUGAAGGAGCAACUGUGAGAGGGUCAAAGUGAAAAGGGUACAAAUUUAUUAAUUAAAUGCAACAUUAUUAAGACAAAAUGAUUUUUAAAGUUAGAGACAGAAUUACUAGUUGCAUAUUUUACUAUACCACAUCACUGCAUGCCAUCUAAAAUUAGAAACUGUCAAUUUCAAGCAUUCCAAAAUGAAAAUGUCAUAUUCAAAGAAAACUUUGCUUUUUAAGGUGUAUCCUAGACAGGGUCAUCGGAACCACAGUGGAGAGCGGGCAUUCGCCCCUACCACUUUUCAAAGAACUGUGCCGAUGCCCCACUACUUUUUGAGUUCAGUUUGUGCAUGAAAAAAAAUGAAGCGCUGAUCAGCAUGAACAGGCAGGGUAAACCUGAGUGGCAGAGCCAAUCAGAAUCUCCAUUUCAGCUGGGAGUUGCUUUCAGACCCCCAAUAAUAUCUGUUUGCAGAGCUGCAGAGCCACAGUUUUAUGCCAGUAGCUUCACUCCAGCAGGUUCAAAGCCAAUGGCAUUUAGUGCAUGCGCCCACGCUUGUUUUUAUUUUUAAUUAGGCUAAUCAAUAUUUCAGUUGUUUUGUGUGGGUUUCCAAUAAAUUUGUGAUGCAUUUGUGUUGGGCUAAUGUUGUAUUUUAAGUUUCAGGCUAAAACAGACUUUGGUUUGAAUGCAUAUAAAGAUAAGGUACAAGGUAAAUAUUGCCCAAACUGCAACUUAUUUAGACUGGGUAAGCUAAUGGGUUAUGUAGACAUAUAGCUCAAUUAACUUACCCUUAAUACGGGGGCUUUAUGUGUACACUUACAUUACAUGCGCAGGAAUAAAAUUUUACCUUAAGCAGCCUAAACUGAGCAUAAUAUUAAGCUUUUGGCUUAAAUAAACCAAUGUUUGAAUGUAUCCCUGCUGAAAAAAAACAUAGAAACCAUUGUGUGUCUCUUGGUUUCUGACAUUUUUGUAUUGUGUUUUGGCUUAUGGUUUAACCGGUUACCAGGGGUUGAUUCAUAUAUUGGUAACGAUCUCCCUUCCUGAAUGGUAAUGUUCAUAGCGGCACAUACAACCAGCACGAACAGUCACUGAUUACAUCAAAGACGUCACAAAUGGGGAGACCGGCAACUGGUUGAAAUAUGAAUGGGAACGCUCACAUGGCAUGUCCAACUGCACAUGCGUUCCACUGGCCUGAAACCACUGGAGUGAAACUGCGGGUGUAAAUCUGCAGAUCCUUCUCCUUGGACCUGCCUUGGUUAGUGUGAAUAUGUAGAUCACUUUUAGUUUGGUUUUGACAUGCAGCCACUCUACCUAUAUUCAGGCAGCACCAAACAGCUGAACCGUGCUAAUUCAUUAGGGAAUUCAACACCAGAGCAUAUUUUCCACUGCACAUUUUCU